UUACCAGUCUUAGCAACAUCACAUGUCCCCAGGGCAGCUGAAUCUUCUAGAGACAGAAGGCAAGAAGGAGGCUGCUGGCUGAGUUUGGCGGAAUCCCCAUGCUGCAGCAUUUGGGUACAAACACCCUUCUUCAGGCGACAUAGCACACAGUACACACAUCAGCUGGCAAAAUGAGGCAGAUUUGUUUCCUGUUGUGUUGUUGGCUUUCAGCAUAACUUUAGGGAGUGAAAAUGUCUUCCACAAGAGUGAGCUUUCGUUUGGCUGCCUGUUUGCUAAACAUUUCAGAAGCCAGAAAAAAAGAUGUUGUUGAGAAAAUAGCCAAAGCUGCUAUUUACAAUGAUAAUGGUAAGAACAGCAAACAGAGGCAGAAGCAUCCUCAAGCAACAGUGCUUAAUAUAUUUUCUGAUUAUGAUUACAACAGAUCGGUCAUAACAAUAGCAGCUCCCAUUGAUAUGUUGGGUGACUAUGUUGUUUCUGCCUGCGUUGAGGCUUUCAAAUCAAUUGAUCUGACUGUCCAUGAAGGAAUCCAUCCUUGCCUUGGAGCAGUGGACUUAGUUCCAAUUUACCCUCUUUUGGAUGUAGGCCUGGAGGAGUGUGGAACAGUGGCUCGAAGCAUAGCUGAGCGUCUGACUCUGCAUAUCCCAGGAUGCAGUGUGUUUCUUUUUGGGCAUGCUGAUCAACCUGAGAAGCGAAGCCUUGUUCAAAGAAGAAAGCAGCUAGGUUGGUUUAUAGGGAGGGACUUCAAAUCAAUGGAAAAUAAACCUGAUAUAGGAGCCACACUUUCCCAAAGAUAUGGUCUAACAGGUAUUGGAGCCAGCCCUUAUGUGAUGAAUUGCAAUGUGACCAUAGACACUCAAGACCUAGCUACAGGAAGAAACAUAGCAAGUGCUAUCCGAGGUAACAGUGCAAGUGGUUUGAAAGGCAUACAGAGUAUGGCUUUUCCCCAUGAUGGAAAGAUUGAAAUAGCUUGCAACGUAGAGAGCUUUGAAGAGGCAGACACUGUGGUGACCUCCCCUGACGACUCUGGGUAUAUUUCAUACUGUGUUCUUGGAAAGACACAUUAUUAUGUCUCCCCUCAAUCAGUAGAGGCUCGGAUUCAUAAAUUGGCCGCUGACCAACAAAUAAAGACUGUUGGGACAGCAUUAGUUGGCUUUACCCCAGAAGAGUGUAAGCAGCAUGCUACAUACGCAUUAAUGAAAAGCACUGGAGAGUUCUGGAAGAUGAGGGGGGGCAUUUUUAUGUGACUUCCUUUUAUCUCCAUAGAUAUAAAUCACGAUGUAUUGAGAUUAUGGUGUACAUGACUUAAUCCCAAAUUAUUUUAUUUGUGUGGGGAGACACAAAUGAGCAGUAGGGAAGCCAGUGUAUUUCAUGCUAAUAAAAUGGUCUGACAACUUAUGGUCUGACCAGCUCCUGCUGAAAACUACAAUUUGUCUGAACCUGAUUCUGCAGCUGGCUGGGAGGGGAGGCUCUUAAUUUUUAUUGGCAUGUCCAGUGAUCAUUAAAUAUCCUUCUUUCAUAAGCUCUAUGUCUUUACAGACA